UUUUUUUUUGUCUUGACUUCAAAUCAGCGCUCGCAGCACUAGUGCCGUUUGCUCCAACCCGUGGUCACACAAAAGAGCCCCUCUCUACCCUCCCCUCCUGCGGUACUUUGCCUUCGAUUUUUAAUGCGAGAAGAGUUCAGCACUCUCUUCCCUCUGUGUACACACGAACUAGCGCUAUCCACUAGGCCAGGAGCGGAAGCGAGAGAAAAACUCCCUUUGCAAGAAAAGCUCGCUAACGCCGGGAUUCGAACCCCUGAGCUGACCUCUAGGAGGUUUCGAGGAUACCACCUAGACCACCGGGGCGACCGUUGGACCGUAUACCGGAGGUUCUCCAGCUUCCGCAGCCUGGGGGAGCACCUCGGGAACACGGUCGGGGGGGCGGGGGGGUUGCCCGGAUGCCCGCACAUGACGGACGAGAUGCUGAUGGGAUCAGACGACCAGCUGGAACGUGCGCGAGUGCUGCUGCAGCAGUGGCUUCACUCGACACUUCUCUUCCCGGGAGUGAAGGAGAGCCAGUGCUUGCGGAACUUUCUCUGCGCGAGCGCGAACUCUCCCCCACCCCGGCUUGAGAUCCAGUGGGCCGGGUCCCAGGGGGGGCACUGUCAUAGCCUGGACGAAAUGCAGAUGGAUGAGCUGUUCGGCAGACAUCCCGAUGACCCGGACGAUCUUGACGAUGGAGAUGACGACGACGAUAACGCCAGCGAGAGCACUCCCGAGGGCUACGGUCACAUCCACCGCGCUGUGCCUUCCCAUAACGGCGGCGGUGGGAUCGGUAGUGGCAACGGCGGCGGGUUCGGAGCCUCGAUGGACCAGGCGGGACAGAGCAUGGAGCUGGAGCCUCGAUCGUUCAGCAGGGGGGCGGGCGGGCAGCGGGGGUACGAGCCAGCGGCGUGCGACAUGCCCAACGAGGAGGACAUCGCGUCUAGCGUGCCGAUCGACAUCACCUUCAUGGACCCGUCCGCGAUGCACUGGGGGAACGGGAGCGGGAACGGAAACACCAACGCGGGCGCUGGUGCUGCCGCGCUCGGCAGAUCCGCCAGCUCGGAAGGUUGGGCCGGCGGGGCCGUCGAGCCCGUCAACGGUGGACAUGCGGCGGGAUUCAGCGGAGGCUCGAGCGGCAUCGGCGCAGCGGGGGUCGGGACCGGGGGGACCGCGGAGGGCGGGGGAGGGGGGGGGGUGGGGUCGAGCGGGGGCAGCAUGGGGGGCGGGACGCCCGCGGCGCUCGCGAAGCGGAAGGUCGGCCUGGACAGCUUCAAGAUCGUGCGGGUGAUCGGGAAGGGAAGCUUCGGGAAGGUGUUUCUGGUGAGAGAGAAGGUCGCCGGGGACAUCUACGCCAUGAAGGUUUUAAGGAAAGACAACGUCAUCAAAAGAAAUCAGGUGGAACACACCAAGACAGAAAGAAACGUCCUGGGAUACGUUAAGCACCCUUUCAUCGUGGGCCUCAACAUGGCCUUCCAGACCCGGGACAAGCUCUUCUUCGUGCUGGACUACUGCGCGGGGGGCGAGCUUUUCUUCCACUUGGGGAAGCACGGCAAGUUUCCCGAGCCAAGAUCACGGUUCUAUUCGGCGGAGAUCGCGCUCGCUCUCCAACACGUGCACAGGCUGGACAUCGUGUACCGAGACCUUAAGCCCGAGAAUGUUCUGCUGGACGGAGAAGGGCACAUCCGAUUGACAGACUUCGGAUUAAGCAAGGAGGGUAUCUCUAACACAACAUCGGGGGCACAUUCAUUCUGCGGAACCCCUGAGUACCUCGCGCCGGAGAUUCUGAACAGACAGGGUCACGGUCGUGCGGUGGACUGGUGGUCCCUCGGAGCGCUGCUGUACGAGAUGCUUACGGGCCUGCCGCCCUUCUAUUGUCGAGACAGGGAGAGGCUUUUCGAGAAGAUCAGGAAGGGCAACCUAGCCUACCCCCGAUACCUUUCGGGCCACGCUCAAGACAUCCUUCAUGGGCUUCUCACUCGAGACCCUUCGAAGCGAUUAGGAAGCUCGCUCGACGAUGCCCAGGAGGUCGAACGGCAUCCCUUCUUCGCACCUCUCGACUGGGAUCGCGUAAUGCGGCGAGAGGUGGCCCCGCCAUGGGAGCCGAUGCUGGUGGGGUCUCUAGACUCGAGCCAAUUCGAUCGAGAGUUCACCUCGAUGCCGAUCUUCAGCCCUGACCAACGGGACCACAAGCUGGGGCAGAGCAUAACGUCUAACGACGACACCUUUGAGGGGUUCACGUUCGUGGACAACUCGAGCCACCUGCUCCACGGGGGUGCGCGGACACCGGCAACGAUCGCCGCCGCCGCUGCGGCCGCUGCCGACUACCCGCACGCCGGAGCGGGGGCGGGGGCGAGCUCCGCAAAAGUGGCAGCGAAAGCAGCGGCAGCAUGCACUUCGAUGAUGGGCCUGCACUCGCAGCAACGAGUAGCGGUGGAUAUGGAUGCCAUGGACAUGCCAGAUAUAUGA